CCCCCUUUCAUCCCCCCCCCAAAAACCUCUCACAAUGUCCACCGCCACCGCCGAAAAUCAACCCAAUCAACCUCCGCAAUCCACAAGAGUGAGCCCCAAAACCGUGUACGACGCAAUCACCUCCCUCCUCAAAUUGAAAACCGAGAAAUCAAAAACAGACAAGCCUCAGCUCCUCGACCAAGACGAGUUCGUCUACCUAAUCGUCACUUUAAACAAGAUCCCACAAACGACCCGAACCAACGCUCACCGUAUCCGCUUACCUCACCCGCUAAUCAACACGGAGAAAGAGUCCCCCGAGCUUUGCCUCAUCAUCGACGACAGACCCAAAAGCGGGUUAACGAAAGAAGACGCCGUUGCGAAAAUCGAAUCUGAGAAUAUUCCGAUUACGAAGGUGCUUAAGCUCUCGAAGCUCAAGAAGGAUUACAAGGCCUUCGAGGCGAAAAGGAAGCUUUUUGAUUCGUAUGAGAUGUUUUUCGCGGACAGGAGAGUGAUUCCUCUGCUUCCGAGGUUGAUCGGGAAGAAGUUUUUCGUGCAAAAGAAGAUUCCUUUGCCUGUGGAUUUGAAGCAUAAGAAUUGGAAACAGCAGAUUGAGAAGGGUUUGGGGUCUGCUAUGUUUUUUAUCAGGACAGGGACUUGUAGUGUUGUGAAAAUUGGGAAGUUGUCUAUGGAGAGGGAUGAGGUUAUUGAGAAUGUGAUGGGGACGUUAAACGACGUCGUUGAGAUUUUGCCUAGUAAGUGGAAGUAUGUUCGGUCUUUGCAUUUGAAGCUGUCGGAGAGUGUUUCGUUGCCGAUUUAUCAGAGUGUGCCUGAAUUGAAGAUAAAGAUUGAUGAUUCCGAGGAGAGGAGUGGUGUUAAGGAAGAGAGGAAGAGUGAUGUUGUGAAGGGGAAGAAGAAGAAGAAGGGUAGGAUUCAGGAGGUUAGGUGUAUGGAUAGUUUUGUUUCUGAAGUGCUUGAUGAUGAUGAGAUUGGUGAUGUUGAGGUUAGUGUUGAUAAGGAGGAGAAGAAGAAGAAGAAUAACAAGAGGAAGAAGGAGGUAAGUGAGGUUGCUGAGGCUGAGAAACCGAAGAAGAACAACAAGAGGAAGAAGGAGGAAAGUGAGGUUGCUGAGGCUGAGAAACCGAAGAAGAAAGUUGCCAAGGGAAAGCGAAAAGAGAUGACGCUUAACAAUGUGUUUAAUCCGAAGAAGAAGACAAUGCAUAGAAAAAAAGAGUCUGGUGGUCGUUUGAAACCGAAGGGGAUGGUGAUGAGUGUGGUUAGAAAUUAAGGCAAUGGAAGAUGAUCAUAGGACUAAAUCUUUAAGUAUUUUGCAUCUUUUUCAGUUAAGUAAUUUUAUGUUUUAUCUUAGUGCGGAUUACAUUUUGGUUUUUGUAUACUGCUUCCUCUCUGAAACAUCUAACAGAUGUGAAUGUGGUUUGGUGGAGGAAACAUACUUAUGUUACUAUUUCUUAUUUAUCCUAUUUUGUUAUAAACAACAACUGUUUAUUUUUG